UGCUUUCCGUCCUGAGCGGCUACGGAAAUGGAAGCUAACACGUGGAAAUACUAACUUGCGGUGUUUUUGCUCUGACUUCAGGUUCCCGUUGUGCCUUUUUUGAACUGCCCUGUCAGUGACGACUCCGUGAAAUUACCUAAAAGCGGCUUUUAGCUCCCAGCUGUGCGGUGAAGCGGUUUGUCAGCCGUUAUUAUGGCGGACAACGGAGAUGAAGAGUACAGAAUCCAACAGGGAGACUAUGUUGUUCUGAAACGAGGAGACAUCUUCAAAGCUGUGCAGAUUGUACCGAAGAAAAAAAUAAUUUUUGAGAAGCAGUGGUUCUUCCUGGAUAAUGCAGUGGGAAACUUGUACAGCACCACAUUUGAGAUUUCAUCAGGAGGAAUCCUGCAGCCACAGAAACUAAAGGAGACAGGAAAUCCUUCAGAUUUAAAGGAGGCAGGCACAGACAACAGAAACAUCGUGGACGAUGGUAAAUCUCAGAAACUGACCAGAGACGACAUCGAGACGCUCAAAGAGCAAGGUCUGAAGGGUCAGGAAAUCAUCCAGCAGCUCAUAGAGAACAGCUCUACGUUCAGAGAUAAGACCGAGUACGCUCAGGAUAAGUACAUCAAGAAGAAGAAGAAGAAGUAUGAAAACACUGUGACGAUUCUGAAACCCUCCUGCCGCAUCCUGGCUAUGAUGUACCACGGCCGGGAACCAGGAAAGAUCUGCCACCUGCGGUACGACACACUGGCCCAGAUGCUGACUCUGGCAAACAUCCACGCUCACAGCAAGGUCCUGGUGUUUGAGACUUGUGCUGGACUGGUGCUGGGAUCCAUCAUGGAGCGGAUGGGAGGCUACGGCUCGGUGAUUCAGAUGUACCCAGGAGGUGGGCCGGUUCGAGCGGGCGUGGAGAGCUUUGGCUUUCCUGCGCAUUUUCACGACACGCUGCACGAGUUUCCCAUCUGCCACGUCAACGCUCUGCUGGCAGGCGAACUGGACACCACUGCCAAAGACCCCACUGCUGAGGAGAAGCUCAACCUGGCUGCAGAUGAGGAACAAAUCCAGCCCGAGGCAGAACAGCAGGGCAGUCCAGAGGAGCAGAACAUGGAGACAAACGCUGCUCAGGACCAGGAGAAAAUAGAGAAGGAGAAGCGCAGAGAAGCCAAAGCUCAAGAAAGAAAAGUGAAGCUGGAGGAGAAGCGGAAGAAGCUGGCGGCUGCUGCAGCCCUGCUGGAAGGCAGAAACGCCGACGGGUUGGUGAUAGCGAGUCGCUUCCACCCGUGUCCGGUCCUGAUGACCCUGCUCAAAUUCCUCGCCCCCUCCAGGCCUUUUGUAGUUUAUUCCCAGUACAAAGAGACUCUAAUCGAGUGCUAUACAAAACUCAAGGAGCAAGGCGGCACGGUGAACCUGAGACUCUCAGACACCUGGCUGAGGCAUUAUCAGGUGUUGCCUAACAGGACGCAUCCCGUGCUGCUGAUGAGCGGAGGCGGCGGCUACCUCCUCUCAGGGACGACUGUUGCCAUGGACCAAUCCAAACCUGCAGCCUCCCAGCGAUCGGAGGAACCGGCACCAAAGAGGCAGAAGGUAAAAGACACGGAAGGAUAAACUGGAUACAGGAGCGUCUAACGUUAGAAGUGCACAUCACCGGCAUCCUGAAGGGAAUCUCCUCCAGCACUGACGUCGGUUUCUGUUGAACUGAUUUGACACAUCUGGAGUAACGGAGGCAGGGUGUCUGGUUUGCAUUCAUCAGAGCACUUUCUGCCGUCUUUUGUGUUCACAUCAGUGCACGUUGAUGCUGAGAAGUUAGCCAGUUUAGGCUAUCUGAGCUCAGUGUGUGUGAGGAGCAGGUGAAUUAAUCAUUUCUGUUCUGGACAGGUUUGCGUCUUUUUGCCCCGAGACCAAGUAUGACACUGUUUUUUGUUUUGUUUUUUAUGUUCUCCAGCUUUUAGUUUUUUUAUUGAGUUACCCCUGCAGAAAGUGCCAUUUGUUAUCUGAUCCAGGGCUAUAUCUGUACCUGCACCCAAUUAUAAAGCAGAACUAAAAAGCAUCAUGUGCAGCUAAUUAUCAUGAAGAAAUAAAUCACAGAUGUCUGUUUGGUCCCAGAA